GGAAGCCUGUCUGGCGCACAGUACAUUCAAUACAGUAUAACCACGAGUAAACAUUCUCGGUCUGGGGCACGUCUAACAUCUGGAGCUAGGCAUUCUGGGAGAUGUAGUUGCCUGCGCCGCCGCAGCUAUGCAGCGCACCGCUCGUGUGACUACAGUUCCCGUCAGCCGGGCCGCGGACACGUAGCGAGCGCAGAAGAAGGAUGUGUAUGGACGGUCUAGGGCAGCAAUGGUCUCCCUGGCGUAUCGCGGCGGCCUGUGGUGGGCUCUCCUGAGGGGCGCACGGGCAGCACCAUGCCGGCACUGGGGCAGCAGGGCCACUGAGCCCCGGAAUACACCCCUCAAGCAAUGGACGCUAAUCGUGAACCCGCUGAGCAGCCUGAGGGUAAAGCUGCCGUGCAAUGUGCGGGUGAGACCCCAGGACCCGCUCUCCUACCCGGACGCUGACCGGGUGUUUGUCACGGUGAGCGGGGUGGACCGCAACGUGCAUCGGGGGCUGGAUUUGGACAACAUUGAAGUCAGAUACGACGAGGAGUCCAAGCAGGUGCUGAUCACCUCGCAGGACAUAGACAGCCAGACCUGUGUAGAUGUCGCCACUCCGGUGCGCUUCGAUGUGAACAUCAAAACACUUGGCUCUGGUUGUGUGAACAUUAAAAAAAUUGAGUGCGACAGUUGCGAAAUAGAAACGGAGAAAGGUAACAGCAUCAUACAGUCUAUUAAGGGUCACAAUGUUCACAUUCGUACAAAAGGAGGCAAAGUGAUAUGUCUGGGCACAGUCCAUGGGAAUGUGGAUAUCCAUGCUUUGGCUCACAGUACAGUAGAUAUUGAGAAAUUGCUAGGUACAUCUGUUAAUAUCUGCACAGAAAAUGGUCAGCUGAAAGCCAAGUAUCUUUAUGCUGCAUCGUCAUCCAUGUCUUCUACUGCUGGAGAUAUAAUAGUAGGAAGUGCCCAUGGUGAUACGAAACUCAAUACAGAGCAUGGGAAUAUUACAGUAGACUCCACAGAUGGUUGUUUAAUGGCUGCUACUAAUCAAGGAACAAUAGAUGUGUAUGUCAGUCAGGCUGGCAAGGUACAUCUGAAAUCUGACAAAGGAAGUAUUACAUUAAAAAUACCAACAAACCUACAGGCCUACUUACAGCUAUCGGGAGCUCAGAUUAAUGUUAGCCCUGAAGUGCCAUUACAGGAUAUCGAAAACACCUGCAGAGAGGAUCAGACAAUAUUGAAAGCCACUAUGAAUCUGGUUAAUGAAACGCAAAGCUGGAUUGAGGCAGAGUCUAGAAGAGGCACGGUGUACCUGAAACUCCAGGACUGGCUGCAGUCACUGAAACUUCAUACCACCUGAGCUUUCUACAGAACACUGGACUUAACUGAAUUUUCUGAGUGGAUCAGUCAAUUAGACAUUUGUUUUGCCACUACAGUUACAAAUUGAGCCAAGUUUAAAACACCUAAAACAUUUUAAAAGUAUUGAGGGAUUUUCCUCUCACAGUGUAUGUUCAGCAGGAAAGUACAGCAUUAAUCAGACCUUAACCUUUUAUAAUGGUUUCUUUGAGAGUAUGAAAAUUAUACAGGUAAGAUGUCCCUGUGUGCUGGCCACAAAAUGUGUGUAUGUGAGUGAUGGACAAUUCUGGGUAUGAGCCAUUGCCCUUGUUUUUAUAUAUUAACUGAUUGGCAGAUGUACGUUUAUAAAAACAUUGCCUGAAAUCACAGGAAAUUAAUUUUCAAGUAAUAAUGUAGAUUUAAUAAGACCUUUUCUAAUGCACCGUGCCUUGUACAUCUACAUGGAUAUGUAUGGUCUUCCAUAUUGCUUGCUCUUUCAAUGUAGAAACGAAGGAUGGCCUACUUUUCACCGUAAUAAUAGGAAAGCCUACAAUAAAUAGUGAUCUGAGGAUAAAAGUACUAUAGUAGAGCAAGAUCUUCAACAUUUAUAUUUUAAAUAAUUCUAAAAAAAAGGUCAUCAUCAUACAAAGAAUUAACGGAAAAACCCACCUAAAACAUGUAAACAUGUAUAUUGGGUGUCUGUCUACAAUAUGGGGUUUCCCCUGUACAGGAGAACAAGAGAAAACUGUGGAUAUUGUGCCUUCUGUGGUGUUUCUAGCGGUCUGUAGUAUACUGUGCGCUGUUGGAUUAUGUGUUGCCGAUAGCUCCCUGGGGUGUAGAAUAGGCUAGUGGUCACAUGGUUAGCAUCAUUUGUUGAUGAGAGUGUAUGUCUCAAGGGUGACCAUUUCCUUUUUGUUUCUUAAUAUAAAAAUGUGUUUCCUGCACAAUAAUGGUUGGCCUUCCUGAUCUAAGCAGCUUCUUCCAGCUGAUUCGUAUAUAAAGAAAGUGACACUGUAGUUGACACUGCACUUUACAAUAAAAAUGUAUCAAAUGUUUUGUAAUA